AUGGCAUCUUCUAGUUUUCUUGCAGUCUUUAGGAUUGUCCUUUUAGUGCUGUUCUUCAAUGGAAUGGUGCCCAUGCAUGCGGCUUCCCAAGACGACAUCCUUUCCACCAUCUGCAAGAAAACUAGAAACCCUUCUUUUUGCUUUAACGUGUUGAAAUCUGCUGGCACUACAGACCUAAAACGGCUGGCCACCUUCACCCUCAACCUCGCCCACGACAAGGUUGCUCAAACCCGUGCCCUCGCCCAGUCCCUGGCGUCCAAGGCAUCCGAUCCCAAGCUUAAGGAGCGAUAUGCCACCUGUGUUGAACAGUACGGCGAAGCCGCCGACGACAUCGAGGAUGGGAAGAAGGACUUGGGGGAAGGUGACUACAAUGGCGUCAACAUAAAGGCGUCUGCAGCCAUGACGGAGGCCGGCGACU